CUCCUAGGACACCUUCCCUACUUUUGGAAAAAGGAUGAGGCUUGUGGCCGCGUGCUCCAGGAUGUGUUUUUGGACUGGGCUAAGAAGUAUGGGCCUGUUGUGCGGGUCAAUGUCUUCCACAAAACCUCGGUCAUCGUCACGAGCCCCGAGUCGGUCAAGAAGUUCCUGAUGUCCACCAAGUACAACAAGGACUCCAAGAUGUACCACGCCAUCCAGACUGUGUUUGGUGAGAGGCUGUUUGGCCAAGGCUUGGUGUCCGAGUGUGACUACGAGCGCUGGCACAAGCAGCGGAGAGUCAUGGACCUGGCCUUCAGCCGCAGCUCCUUGGUCAGCCUGAUGGAGACAUUCAACGAGAAAGCGGAGCAGCUGGUGGAGAUCCUGGAGGCCAAGGCGGACGGGCAGACCCCGGUGUCCAUGCAGGAGAUGCUGACCUGCACCACCAUGGACAUCCUGGCCAAGGCAGCCUUUGGCAUGGAGACUGGCAUGCUGCUGGGCGCCCAGAAGCCUCUGUCCGGGAAGGUGAAGCUGAUCUUGGAGGGCAUCACUGCCUCCCGCAACACCCUAGCGAAGUUCAUGCCCGGGAAGUGGAAGCAGCUCCGGGAGAUCCGGGAGAGCGUCCGCUUUCUGCGCCAGGUGGGCAAGGACUGGGUGCAGUGCCGCCGGGAGGCCCUGAAGCGGGGCGAGGCCGUCCCUGCCGACAUCCUCACGCAGAUCCUCAAAGCCGAAGAGGGCGCCCAGGACGACGAGGUUCUGCUGGACAACUUCGUCACCUUCUUCAUUGCCGGUCACGAGACGUCUGCCAAUCACUUGGCAUUCACGGUGAUGGAGCUGUCACGCCAGCCCGAGAUCUUGGCAAGGCUGCAGGCCGAGGUGGACGAGGUCAUCGGCUCUAAGCGGCACCUGGACUACGAGGACCUGGGGAGGCUGCAGUACCUGUCCCAGGUCCUCAAAGAGUCGCUGAGGCUGUACCCGCCCGCGUGGGGCACCUUUCGCCUGCUGGAGGAGGAGACCUUGAUUGACGGGGUCAGAGUCCCCGGCAACACCCCGCUCCUGUUCAGCACCUACGUCAUGGGCCGGAUGGACACAUACUUUGAGGACCCGCUGACCUUCAACCCAGAUCGCUUCGGCCCCAAAGCACCCAAGCCCCGGUUCACCUACUUCCCCUUCUCGCUGGGCCCGCGCUCCUGCAUCGGGCAGCAGUUUGCUCAGAUGGAGGUGAAGGUGGUGAUGGCCAAGCUGCUGCAGAGGCUGGAGUUCCGGCUGGUGCCCGGGCAGCGGUUCGGGGUGCAGGAACAGGCCACGCUCAAGCCACUGGACCCCGUGCUCUGCACCCUGCAGCCCCGGGGGUGGCAGCCCUGCCCUGCCCUGCUGAUGCAGGAGGCAGGAGGCGGAGGGCUGGCCACCAAGGCUCUUCGUCCUGCUGGGCCGGGAGUCCCUGCAGCAGCGGGAGGCCUCUGGCUGGGCUUCCCCUGGUCAGCAGCCUCGGUGCAGCUCCUUGGCGUUCCCGGUGACUUCUCUUUCUUUAGAACCUGA